AUGGGCAUGGGAGACUACUCACCGGGCAGUGUGUGGUACUACGCACCCAACAAAGUCGCACCCAUCAUCUUCAUAAUCCUCUUCACCCUCUCAGGUGCCUUGCACGCAUACCAAACGAUCAAACACAAAUCCUGGCGCACAACCCUCCUCCUCCCCUGGGCCGCGCUCCUCAUGACCGCCGGCUUCGCCCUGCGCCUCGCCGGCGCCCACCACCCCACCGACCUCGGCCUGCUAAUCGCCUCAACCGUGCUCCUCAUGUCCGGCCCCCCCGUCUACGCCCUCAUCAACUACCUCAUCCUCGCGCGCCUGCUGUACUACACGCCCUACCUCCUCCCACUGCACCCCGGCCGCGUGGCCACGACCUUCGUCGGCCUCGACGCCGUAUGCGAAGUCCUCAUCGGCAACGGCGCCUGGCGCAUGGCCAACAGCAGUCUAACAGCGAAACAGCGACAGGCAGGCGCAGACAUGGUCACCGCGUCGCUGGCGCUGCAAGUCGCCCUAUUCGCCAGCUUCGGGGGCGUGGCGGGCGUCUUCGCACGGCGGGCGACGCGCGCAGGCGUGCUGAAGGCGCAGACGCGCGUCGUGCUCACUGUGCUGUGUGUGUCGGCGGGGCUCGUGACGGCGCGCUGCGCGUACCGGCUCGCCGAGUACGUGCUCGGGUGGGAGUCGAGUGUGUACCGCUCCGAGGCGUAUUUCUGGGUCUUCGAGGCCGUGCUGAUGCUGCUCAACACGGCGCUGCUCAAUGCGUGGCACCCCGGUAAGCGGCUGCCGGCGGCGCACGGCACGUUUCUGGCCAGAGACGGGGUGACGGAGCGGCAGGGGCCGGGGUGGGACGACGAUCGCCCGUGGCCGGUGACGGUGUUCGAUCCGUUGGAUCUGUGGGGUUUGGUGCGGGGCCGUGAUGCAGAGACGAGGUUCUGGGAUCUUACUGAUCACGAGCUGGAGCUGGUGCGGCUGGAGAAGGAGGCGAACAAGCGCAGUGUGCUUGCGGCGCUCGUCGACCCGUUUCGACUGUGGGGUGAGAAGGGGUAUAUCGGGAAGCGGCUGGUGAGGAAGAAGAGUACGCCGAGCACGCGGCGGGAGUUCAUCAUCAAGGACACAGGACCGAAUGUUAUGGAUGAGAGGGGGAUGAUGUAA